AUGAUAAAUACUGCCUGCUCAACUUCCUCAACCAACACCAACAGUAUUAUCUCAAAUGUACCAGCACCAAAUUCAAUUCGUACACAAAUUAAAACAAGUAAAAAUAUUGAAUCUAGUGUGGUUGGGAAUUCUAUUGAAAUUACACAUGAAGCUCGUCGUCUCGCCGAGACGAGAUUUGCUUUUCCUCCAUUCAUCGUCAAAUUCAACCAAGAUGUUGAUGAAAAAUGCGUUAUUAAAUUUAUUUCUUCUUAUUGCUCCACCAAUUACGAUUUCGACUUAAAAUUUGCUGGUCAUCGACUUAAAGGUAAACGAGAUUUAUUCUUAUUUGCUAACGAUCGUGAUACAUUUCUAAUUCUAUUUAAUGAACAUAAUUGGCCCGCAACAAUUGAUUCACUUACAUAUGAAAAAAUCAUUCCUAAUCAUCUACCAGCUCAAUUUUCUAUUCUACUUCGUAGUGUUCCAACUGAUCUUGAUGUUCGUACAUUAUUAACUUCUAUUCAAAAAGAUUAUUCGGAUGUUAUUAGUGCCUUUCGAAUUAGUAACAGGAAUAAACUUCCUACUACUUUUGUUAGACUUGAUAUUAAAAAUGUAAAUGUUAUCAAUGAAUUACUUAACAAAAAAUUCUUAUAUGUUAACAAUAUUCGUUUUGCAAUUACUGAAUACCUUGCACCAGCGAGGGUCCUGAUUUGCUCGAAAUGUUUUCAAGUAGGGCACUUUAGGAGCUCGUGUAAAAAUCGUUUAGAUUUUUGUAAAUUUUGUGGUGUUGGUGUUAAUGAUCUUAUUCAACAUAAAUUAAAUUGUGAUAAAAAAUUAAGUUGUUUAAGAUGUAAAGGUGAACAUGAUGCAAAUGAUAUGAGAUGCCCUAUUAUAAAAGAUUAUAGAUCUGCACUUACGAAAUCUAUUCUUAAUACAGUUGGUGUGAAUAAUCAUCCACAACAAAAUCAAACAAAUUAUUGGUUUAAUAAUAAUGACUUUCCUGUUUUAAAUGUCAAGAAUCCUACUAAUCAUCAUCAUGUUAAUAACUUACCCAACGAUUCUGGAAAAAAAAUUGAAGAGCUCUCUCAAAAUGAAUAA